AUGGAAAAAACCAUCACGCGAGAUGCCUACAGAAAAAGCGAGCGUGAGAAAGGUCUCGAUCAUCAACCUAGUAUGGAUAACGACACUCGGCAAGGUCUCGUAAAAAUGUCGCGUCGAAGGCACAAUCGCAUGGACGAUGAGAACCACCAAAGACUGUCAGUAGAACAUAUGAAAGCUUGCAAUCUUCUAGUAGUGGAAGUUUGGGAUUCGAACGAUUUCAGAGAAAAGAGAAACAUCCGCAAGCUGUUCUUGCCAUAUCGAGAACAUAGUCAUGACUGGGAAUCGCUUAUCAGGCUAACUAGACUUCUCACGGCGACGCUCUUCGUCGUCGCGACCCUCGCCAAAGAGGAAAGCUCGUCGUCGAAGAAUCGCGACAAACGUCAACAACUCGCCUUUCUACGAAAGGCGGGUCGUCUGCCGCCAUAUGCGGUGCAAAUGGAACCGAUAGUGCAAUAUUCUCAGAGAGAUCCUUUGUACAAUCCCUUGGCGAGCCCGAAGAAUGACGAUUUAUAUGAAGAGACUCCAUUGAGCUAUUAUCAGACGGAACCUGAGCCGAUUAUCGAGAUUAUCAUCAAAGAAUCUAAUGAGACUCUCCCAACUCCGGCGCCGCUACCACUUUCUUCUCAACCGCGACCUACCAAGGAACCCAUCCAAGUCUUCUACGUAAAAUACGAGAAGAAAAAGGGAUACGGUGAUAAAACUCGCGUAGUUUACGAUCCACCAAUCCCCGCUCUAACACCUGUGGAGGAGCACGAGGAAAUUAAGCCGGACAACCCAGCACCGUAUGCAGAAGAGCCGACGAAUACAGUGACACCGGCACCGCCUCCGGAACCAUCGACGACUUUACGCGCCAUCAUUCGACCCGAUAGCGAAGUGUACCAUUCUGGCAGUAGUGGUAUCCGCGUGACUUUCGGUACCGAGCAAGUGCCACCCAACAAUCAUAACAAGCGUAGCGAUCUGGAUACGCCUGGAGGCAGCACUCAACAGCACGUCAGCAAGCCAACAACGUCGCCAGGAGCGCCGAAGAGACAGCAUGGCCCUUAUCAACCGCUGCAGCCACCGCAAUCCCCACGAGUGCCGCCCGCAUUUCCGCAACAGCGCAUUAUCAAUUCAUUUCCACCGCAACAGCAGCAGCAGCAAUUGCCGCUGCAUCAUCAAACGUUCCCACCUCAGCAAUCCUUGAGAAACCCACUACCGCCACUAUCGCCGCCAUCGAGACCACUGCAACGUCAUCCCAUAACUAUUCAGGGUCUCCCAGAAGUACAACAACGCGCGACGUUCAACAAUUUUGGCCCACCACCACAUCACGUCAAUAUCAAUCAUCCGCAGCAACCGGGAUUCCCAUCUGCGCUGUCGGUAUCGCAUCAAAGCGUUCAAGUACAGAAUCGACCAUUGUCGUUGCUACAAAAUAAUUUUGCAGAACCGCCCAGUCAGCAACCAUUACUGGUCAGAUCUGGUGGUUUUAAUUCGGAACAGCAACAGUUAUCCAGACAGAAUGGCUUCAACGUGGAGCUUCCGCCGCAAUCUUUACCCCAAUUUAAACCGCAGGAAUUGGAGAAACAACGUUACCACGAGCAACGACGACAGCAAGAACUAUCGAAGCAACGGGAACAUCAACGACAGCAUGAGCAGCAGCGACAUCAAGAACAUCAGAGAUUCUUGGAGCAGCAGAGACAAGUCGAGCAACAGAGAUUGCUGGAGCAGCAGAGACAACAGGAACAUCAGAGGCAACAAGAGCAUCAAAGGCUUCAAGAACAACAACGAUUGCAGGAACAACAACGCUUGCAAGAACAACAUCGGCAGCAGGAGCAGCAGCGAUUGCAAGAAUUGCAGCGUUUACAGGAGCAACGCAGGCGGAAACAGGAGCAAGAGCUCAAGUUUCUUCAGGAACAACAACGAUAUCGUACGCAGCUUAAGUAUAAUCAGGUGCAGCUUCAACAGCCGCAAUUACAGUCACAAUUGCAACCACAAUUGCAGCCACAAUUGCAGUCACAAUUAUCAUCUCAACGACCAGGAGGUGAAAUCUUCAAGGCCGUGCCCAAGCUAGAACAGCAUUACGCGAUCCAAGAAAAUCCUCUUCAUCCCGGUCCGUUUCCACCAAAUCCCACGUUAGUUCAACCAACGGCGUUUCCCGAACUUUCCCAAAACCAGUUUGUAUCCCCGCAACCGUUCAAUGCCCUUCACGACUCCCAGCAACUGUCUGGAAGUUUAACAAAUCAUUUUAUCUCCGGUGACGGUCUGCAGCAACAAUUAAACCAGCGCUUAAACACGAAGCAGUCUCAUCAAAGUAGUCAGCAAAGCUUCUUCUUGCAAACGCUUCCGGCAUCGCAACAACGACCGCAAACGACCGCAACGACCACUUUCACUCAGCAACAAUCGAUAUGGGGCCGGCCAUUGUUCCAGAAUAAUCCCUCGCAGAAGAUCUACGCGACCCCGGUCAGUCCUUCCGAAGAGUUCAACUCCCCGCCGACCGCUAAAACGUUCUUACCGACAACUACAAGUACGACUACAACCAGCAGCACUACGACUACCGAAGCGUCGACUAGCACGAAGACGCUCUCGCCGAAUAAGGUGGCCAAGAUCAAAGAGAACAUAGCGAAUCUACCGGACGAGGUGCCGGAUGACAUCAGAGAGCAGCUGCUGAGCUCUGGUAUUUUAGGCAAUGCCGAUAUCCAGAUUCUUGAUUAUGACAAGAUCGGCGACAUUCCGAUCGACAAACUGCCGCCGGAAGCUCUGGCGAAUUUCUACGGUGCCGGGGGCGGUGCGGCGAUCGCCGCCGGCAGCGAGCCCGUGCCGGCGAUCAUCAAGAGGCCGUUGAAGACAACGCAGAAGAAGGUGACCGCCGCUGCCAAUCGCGGUGGUAACGCGACCAAGUUCGAGCAAGCCACCUUGCGGCCCGGUGGCGUGGAGAUGAAAGUAGUACGCUUUGAUCCGAAUACGGAGCAAGGCCGAGCCGUGGCGGAGCAGCAUAUACGGGACGACGCGACCCGGCUGGAGCCGGUGACCGUGGGAACGCGCGGGGAUGCCUCGCAGUACAAUCGUUAUUUGCCGCUUAAAGUGAGCGGCGCAUCCUUCCCGAUACCGGACGUGCCGGAACUCAACGGCCGUAAGAUCUCGAGCGUCGUGGUGCUGGCACCCGUCGACUACGACUUUCCCGGCGAGGAGAGGGAGAUCGCGGAGUCUCAGCGGCGCAGCAGGAAGACCGGCGGCGACGCGCAGCCGGUCAAGUUUCUCGCCGGAGACACCCUCAAGCAACUCGUGAAGAAGCCUACCGCGGAGAACUACAAGAAGUGGCUCGAACAGGAGAGCCGCACCGAGCCACAGAGACAAUCCGUCGUACUUCUGGUGACUAUGCCGAGAGAUGGUGACGGUCAAGGUGACAAGGAAAUCUUCAUGUACGACGUGACCUCCGGAGCCGUUAGCAAGCUGGCCGGUGAUCUCUCGACAGCCUUCGUAGACGCCGCCGAGAGCAACUCCGACGGCACCGAUUCUAUCGACGACUCUACUUUCUCGACGUUUUAA